UUCUUUCAAAACUUAAAUCUCACUAGAAAAUUGCAAUUAAAUUGCAUUUUUUCGAAAUAAGUCACAAUUAGCUGCAGUUACGAUAGAUAAAUUGAAACUAUCGAUACCUUCAAGGGAAUCAAGUGCCAUCACCUGCAGCAGCUGCUUGCCUCUUGUUGUGUAACUUAAACGCUUGAAUUUCUGAUCACAAGAUGUCGGCAAACGCUGCCCGUGGCUCUACGUCGCUGUUGAAGCGCGCCUGGAACGAGAUUCCCGAUAUUGUCGGUGGAUCCGCUCUGGCACUUUGCGGAAUUGUUAUGGCCACUAUCGGAGUGGCCAACUACUAUGCUAAGGAUGGUGACAACCGUCGCUACAAGCUGGGCUAUGUUGUCUUCCGCCAUGACGAUCCUCGUGCCGAAAAGGUGCGCAACGAUGAGGACGACUAAACGGAUGGAGACAGAACAUGGGAUAGAAUCUUCGCCAGCCGGUAGUCUCAUUCUCAGCUUUCCUUUUUUUUGUUCAUGCUAAAGCUAAGUAAAAAAAUCUAUAUGUACAGAA